CCAUUUUGGGCAUGCACACUCUGAUGAGCAACCAGCAGUACUACGAAGCUCUGGCAAGCAGCACCAUCGUCAACAAGCAGGGACUCAACAGUGUGAUCCAGUGCACGCAGUAUAAGCCGGUCCCUGAUGAGGAACCAAACUCCACUGAUGUGGAGGAGACCCUACUGAAGAUCAAGAGGAACGAUCCUGAUCUGGUGGAGGUCAACCUCAACAACAUCAAGAAUAUUCCUGUUCCAACUCUGAAGGCUUAUGCUGAAGCUCUGAUGAAGAACUCUGUGGUUGAGAGGUUCAGCAUCGUUGGAACCAGGAGUAACGACCCGGUAGCAUUUGCCCUGGCAGAGAUGCUGAAGGUGAACGUGACCCUGAAGAGUCUGAAUGUUGAGUCCAACUUCAUCACGGGGGCAGGAGUUCUGUCUUUGAUUGACUCACUUCAGAAGAACACCACCCUGCAAGAGCUUAAAAUCGACAAUCAGAGCCAGCCUCUGGGAAACAAGGUGGAGAUGGAGAUAGCUAGCAUGUUGGAAAAGAACACAACGCUGUUGAAGUUUGGGUACCACUUCACGCAGCAGGGCCCACGCCUGCGAGGCUCCAACGCUAUGAUGAACAACAACGACCUGGCCCGGGUCGUCAGGUCAGAGUCAGACGGCUCCUUCACGCUCACUUUAUCUGUCCCUGAACUGGAGAGAGCCUUCGGAAAAAAGUUCAAGUCCAGGACUAAGUAAACUCCAAACCCAGCACACUUAAGAAAGAGACGGCUUGAAGGAGGACCCAUCUUCCCAAAGUGUCGGACGAAUGUAUGAAAUGCAGGACGUCCCUGAAGUUCCUCUGUCACGUCUGACCACAGCUUUGCACUGUCAAUCACCUCAGACCGCCUCCAUUCUCUUUACUUACAGACCUGUUUUAUGUCUUGGUAGAUCCUUGAUGUAUUGAUCAGCAUCAUUGUUUGGUCCUCUCAGUGCAUGCUCAAAGUCAGAUCCUCAAAGUCAAAGCCAAGUUGACCCAUAUGGUUUAAAAGAGGCAGAUAGUGUGGGUCCCAAUUGGGUUUGUCCACAGUUUGCGUGGUGGUCUCACCUGUGUUUGCCCACUGUGGCUUAAGUGGACACUCGGUGGGUAGGCUCGCUAUGCUAGCCAGCCACCAGGUUUAAAGCAGUGCUCCCUAGCUCGCUACAGCAGCGUUCACUGGCUCAUUCAUUUCAUCUUCUUGUCCGCUUCUUCCCUUUCGGGGUUGCGGGGGUGCCGGAGCCUAACCCGGCUACUGAUGGGCGAAGGCGGGGUUCACCCUGGA